AUGGAGCCGCAAGCCCCGACCAAUGCACCUUCCCUCGCCGCCCGAGCGCAUGCAGAGGCGAUCGAGGUGGGUCAGGAGGUGGAGCUGAGCAACAAGGUGUACUGCCGGCACAAGCAGGUCAGGCAUGUUCUUAUGCGGACUCAUGGAGCAGAGUGGAACAAGUUGAAGUUGAAAGGUCGGGUGACAGCAAAAGGAAGCGGGGAUAAGUGGAUGGUGGAGGUAGAGGUGCAAGAUGAAAAGAUCGUCCUCGGGGUGAAAGAAAACCUGAUUUCGAAUCUUGAUGAGAUGCAGACAGAUAGCAUGCUGCAAGAUCCUCCUCUGAAGGAUUAUUCUCAAGAUGACCUAACGAAUGCAAGGGAGGACUGGGAUUCGGAGGAGUCGGAGAAAGAGGAGGCGGGUCUUGAUCCUGACAGGGGCUCUCUAGUUGCAUAUCUAGAUGGGGAAACGGUGACAUGGGAGAAAUGCGACCCAGGGGGAAUUGCAGAGAAACUAAGUGAGAGGGCGGAUCGACCGUCACGUUUGAAGUGGUCGCCUUCCCUUGAAGACCGGAAGCAUCGGAAUGAAGAAGAGUGCUGGAAAUUCCUGUUCCCUUGGGAUUUCUUCUUUGACACCAACAGCUCUGAAGGAUGCUGCCUGGUCUGGACGAAUCAGACUCUGCCAGAGGGCGAGAAACCGUUCACUGUCCAUGAGUGGCUUCAAUACAUCGCAGUGAUAUACGCGAAGGAUCUCUGCUCCAAAAGGGAGGCCAGGGAAGUCUGGGAGACAGGAUCGGAGGGGAUCUUGCCUCCUCUGAAUCUCUCAAGACGGUUCAACGUGAACUUGGCGAGAUUCGUCAUAUGGAAGAAGAAUCUGAAGCUGUGGCCACCAUCGGCGGAGAAAUCAGAGAACAAGUUCGAUAUGAUCCGUCCUCUCAUCUGUGCGUUCAAUCAGAACAGAGCUUUGAGAGUUGAUGUGGGAUCGGAGAUGAUUGCCGACCAAUGCAGCGGGAGAUGGAUCCCCACCUUCGAGGUGGGUUUGUCCGAGGGGAUGAAAAACCUUGUAGCAACCAUUCAGAGCACUCGAGAUGCAGGUUCAGACUUCAGGUCCUUAUUCGAAUGCUCGUUCGGGCUUGUGAUGGCCUUGGACCUCCAUGAUGAUCACUCAGCCCAGUCGGAGUCCACUACGAGGUACCCCAAACAUACUUGUGCCAUUCUUAGACUAGGACAAAACUACCUCGGCAAGCAUCGAACAAUCUAUGCGAACUCUCAAUUCUCGUCCCUGGCAACUGCCAAGGCUCUGCUGGAGAACGGAACUCACUUCAUGGGUGAGCUCGGUCAGUUUUCCAAGGGGGUUCCAACGGCAUUGUUGAAGCGCGAUGUGCGGCACGAUGGCUCUACAAAAGGGGCUGCCGAAACCGGUAGAGUGAGUUUGAAAGUCAACGAUGAGGACAGAAGAGUGUUUGUACAUUCUUGGAGCGAAAGCAGCACGUCAUGCGCUCACAGGAGGGUUUUUGUUUCCACGCUCGAUGAUUGCCUCGCACUGGACUUUCACACAAAGAGCAGGUGGAGAAUCGAUCCUGCCACGGGCAACAAAGAAAGAGUCAAGCGGACUGUCUCUGCUGUUCAAUCGGUGAAGUCCUACUUGUCAGCUUGUGCGGUUGUAGAGGUGCACAAACACCUGAUGGAGGAGAUUGAGAGGAUGGCACAUUGCAGGGACGCUGGGGAGUGGUGGUUGAGAAUGUUCUGUCACGUUCUUCUACUUGUCGAAGUUGACGCCUUCAAGAUUUACUCUGCAGAACGCGAUGCUGCUAAUUCAGGAUCACACUCGAAAUUCUUGGACAAGCUUUGUGCCCAGCUCCUUGCAAACUCUCGAGACGGCUCCACAUCAGCCGAAGCCCCGCAGCAUCCCAAGCGGGAGAAGAAGCGAGCGAGGGUAUGUACAAGGGAGGCGGAGAACGGCGCUGGAAAACAGGACGACCAGCAUGUCUUGAUCACCAUCCUCGACUUCAUGAAACAGAAUCACAACUACAACCCGAGCGCCAGCGAUCUCAAGUGGGGGAAGCGCGUUCGAUGUAGGAUGUGCAAGGGCACGCAAGGAUGGGGCAGCAUAGCAAACUUCUGCUGCCAGCUCUGCAGUAGCAAGGAUCCGAACAAGAAGCCGUUCGGGAUCUGCGGCCCAGGAACAGGAAGGGACUGUUACAUGAAGCACCUCUCCAAUGUCAGCCAGCACUGCAGAAUUGAAGGGUCGGAUAUUAGUAUGAUACCAAGAUGA